CCAAUUAUGGAUUAUUUGUACAGUUAUAAGUGAAAUACUUUAACAUACUGUGAAUUGUAAUUUAACAACCAACGAUAUCAAAUUAAUGAGGAGCCUUCAGUGUGUUUGCGGGAAUUACAAUUCUUAAAGUAUAUUAUCUUUCAAGGUACAGAAAACCAGAUGGAUAUCAGUUGUAUUCUCAUCGGAAGUAUACUUCAUGUUUUAUAUAUCAGUCGACCUUGAAACAGACAUUAUGACCUCGUAUAACCAUACAUUAGAUAUUGAAGGAACAUUUAUAGCGCCAACUAGCGGUACAGAUUUUGAUAUGCGGAAAUACUCAAUACCGAUUCUAUGUAUAAUCGGAUUUAUAGGAAAUACAUUGUCCACUGUUUUGUUUUUAGGAAGAUCUUUACGUGGAUUUUCAUGUUGUGUCUUUCUUGGUGUACGCUCUGUCACUGACAACGGAUUUCUUGCAACGUUGUUCAUAGCAUGGUUUGAUUUUCUUGAUGUGAGGCUAUUUCACACCACCGGUAUUUGUCACAUAAUGGUAUUCCUGGCAUACAUUUGUAGUUUUUUGUCAGUAUGGUGUGUAGUAUGUGUAACGAUAGAAAACUAUGUACGUGUGUCCUAUCCUUUACUUGUCAAGCUGUACUGCACAUCUAAAACAGCAUGGAUGAUAAUACUUUUUCUAACAUUUUCAUCAUUUUGUAUUUAUAAUAUGCCACUAUGGAGUAACGAAAUAGCAGAAAUAUACCAGUCAUACUAUUGCGUAACGAAAGAAGAAUUUCAAAAUUACCAAUUAGUUCUUACCUAUAUUGACACCGCAGUGACUCUUAUAAUACCAUUAAUUAUUAUAUUAACACUUAUGUUCAUAAUAGUGUACAAAGGGUUCCGAACAUCGAAGAGAAGACUAAGACUUGGACAUCAUAGGAGGAAAUACAGGUCGACGCCGUCGUAUGGUACAGUAACCGGGCUUCUGACGGCUGUAUCAAUAACAUUUCUAUGUCUACAUACGCCUAUACAUAUCUUCAAACUGAAAGUUAUCAUCGAAACAAUUUCAACGAAAAAUGGCAUGAAAGUAAACCCGACGGAACGAACGAUUGGUAACGUAUUUCAGGUUAUGUACUAUUUGAAUGCAUCUGUAAAUAUUCUUGUAUAUUAUAUAUGCGGUGGUAAUUUCCGAAAAGUAUUUAAGAAAGUAUUAUGCAAAGAUGUGUCUUGUUGUUGCUAUGGUAAGCAGGAGGAGGAUAGGUUAUCUGAUGCAGGAACAACAGAACUUACAAGUAUACUUGACAAAGGGGACGGGAGAACAAGAACGUCUCUUUAAGUAAUCAAUAGUUUCCAACUAUAUAAGUAUUGUUAUAGCGAUUUAUAGGAUGACCGAAAUGAUUUAAUAUCAAUUGAAUUAUCGACA